AUGACAUUAACUGAGAUCUCAACCUCAACAGUGACAGACACAACCACUGUGACGGAGGGUUCUACACAAACCAUUAGCCAGAUUCUAACGACUACGGCCACCGAAACCGUGGUCCUGCCUGGGACGACCAUGGUGGAUUCGAGGACCGUUACCCUGCCUGGAACGACUAUAAUCAACUCGGAAACUGUGACUCUCACGGUUCCUGGAACAACAGUGACCAAUAUGAGAACAAUCACUGAAUCCGGGACAACGACGACAGUCUCUGAGGUAGUCACCCUUCCUGGUUCUAUUGUCACCACCAUAGAGACAGUUCCAACUACUCUCCCUGGAUCAACUAUAAUUACCACCAUCACUGUGCCAGGGCGGACAAUUACCAUGUCCGGAUCUGUCACCACCUUGCCAGGAUCAACUAUUGUUCAAACCACUACUCUUCCUGGCGUCACCGUGACAGAUAAGCAGACAGUUCCCACAACAAUGCCUGGAGCAAUGAUUCUCACUACCGUCACUAAGCCAGCAAGUACCGUAACAGUAUCAGGAAACAUUAUUACUGUACCAGGGUCGACUAUCGUACAGACGACGACUCUCCCUGGAUCACCAUCAGUUGAGACUGUGUCGGUGACUGUCAUCCAUAGCACCACCAUUUUCAACACAGUAACAUUGGCUGGCUCUGAUGAAACUGUAACCAUCACGGGUCCGACAGCAUCUACAACUGAGACCGGCAACACUCUGACAGUCCCUGGAACCACCACAACGCUCUCCAUCUGCCCCACCCUCAGUAUCAACCCCACUUAUACUCCGGCUGCUCCCCUCCCAAGGGACUACACCUGGGGCUGUCCACCAGGCUAUCUCUGUAAACCCAAACACACCGGCGCCGACGCAGGCUGCAACAUCGAAGCCGGCCUGCCAGCGGAGUCCUAUGUCUGCAGUCCGGACGAGUGUAUUAAGAGCCCGCCUUUCAUCCACGACCAGUACUGGGGCACGCCAGUAGAAUCUAAUGAGAUUCAGUCGACCUACAACGUCUCAAAAGACUACUUCAACCUCGACCCAGAGAUCUUCGGUCUGAACUACUCCAUUUUCCGGAUCCCGGAUCUCAAACCGGGCGGCGACCAUUACUACAUCCGCUCCUCUCGUCGAUCCUGGAGCAAACUACUCUCCCGGAAGUCGAAUGGAGUAUCCACCGUACCUGGCGCUUGCUACGACGAAUGCAACGACGCAGCAUUGGAGGUUGAAUCUACCGGCAAGACCCCCGAGAUCUGUAACGCUGGAUCGGCUUUCAACAUCUCUCUGGGCCACUGCGAGAAGUGCUGUAGCACCCACAAGACCGCUACCUCUGCCAGCUUUGAGCAAAAGGUACUGCCGAACUUUCAGCAGUUUUUGAACUAUUGUGAGGGGUUGGAGGCGUUGUCGGCUACCACUGCUCCAGAUACAGUCAGUUCGACUACUAGGGGUAGUCAGGCAUCUACGACUGGAACGACAUCCACGCAAAAAGGCGGCAGUACAUCACAGACCGAUCCAUCAACAGCAUCAUCCUCACCAACUCGUCAGACAACUGCACCAGACUCGAUGGCUGAAUCUGAGACCACUACGGGUACUAUCUCCAGUUCAUCAUCCAGGUCAGCAACAGGUCCCGCUUCGGGAAAGACUCCACAAAGCUCUUCCACUAGCAGUGACACUGGUGAAAGUGGGGCUACUUCAACAUCUCACAGACCGACGGGUACACAUUCCGGGACAAGUCCAUCCGCCUCUGUAUUACAUUUUACAGGCGCGGCAAGUCCACUCACAGUGUCAUCUCACUGGAGUAUUCUGGCUCUCGUAUUUGGAGUCGUGGGUUUCCAUAUUUGA